AUGCUGCAGUGGCCCAUAGGCUGUAGCACAGGGGAGGGUGAGUUGCCCAAGCGCCUUGGCAACCAGGCGACUCUUCCUAUCUUGCUGUGCUGCAAUAUGGUGGCUCCCAAGACAGCUGUAUGAUGCAGGAAGAAAUGGAAGUGUUCCUCAUGUUGCAGAAACCAGGUGUGAGGAACCAGAUUUGUCUGGUAGGCUGGGUCCUUAUCUCCCCCAUCCCCUGCAGGCCACGUUCAGCAGGUGGCUGGGACACAACAAUAAUAUCAGGUGACCCAUUUUAGCCUGGUUUGUGGUACUUUGAAGCCCAGACAAUCAACUGAUCAUCAAGGCUUCCGGGCACCGCUCACAGCUCUCUCGCUCAUGGUGCCAUGCUCAGGGCUUUGCAGGUACUCUGAACAGAUUGGCCCAGCCAUAUCUUGUACCUGCCUCAUACUUAAUAUCACAUAGGCAGUUGAGUGACGCUUUGUCUCUUCUAGCACUGUGCUGGAAGGAAAGAAGGAAGAACUCCCUAGUUUCCUAGUCAACACAGGAAUGCAUUCACUUCCCUCUACCCACAGUGCAAUGGCUGGACUUCAUGUAUUUUCAAAGUGCUGCUAUAGAAUUGAUGAAAAGGGUCCCCAACUUUGCAAUGAAUAUAUGAAACACAAAGCUUGGAUUGGUGGUUGUGCUCCGUUCCAUUGGCACGGAUACUUGCGAAUCUCAAUAACAGGAUUGUUAUAUUGUGUAUUUAAUUAAGGAUGUUUAUAUUUCAAUGUUUGUAGAAUUGGUUUUUAUACUUCAUAACGGGGUUAGAAGCCUAUUUGGACAUUAAGUGGAAUCUAAAUUAAUUACUUAAUCAGUAAUAAUGGAAAUGGCAAUAGUAAUUAGAAUAAAAAUAUUGCUCUGCUAGGAAAAACAAUAUUGUUGUGCACCAGUAAUAAACUGUAAUAAUUGUAAUAAUAGUAACAACAACAACAACAAAUAUACUAUGAAAAACAGUUCCCUGUGAUACAUUCACAAGUGAACUUUAUGUGGCAACCUCUUUGUCCAUUCAAAAUCAGCUGCAAUCUCUUCAUAGACUCUUUAGUUCUUUUUGCUACUGCUUCAGCAUGAAUUACAGUUUUGGAAGAGAUUAUGUUUCAUGUAUUGUACAUUUUCCUCUUGUUUGUGUUUCUUACCAAUAUUGCAGCUCAGCUUAUGAGAAACCACCAUAAGACCCUCGUUACAUAAAUUUACCAAGUGCUGUUAGUUUAUUUCAGCCUGUGAGGCAGAAACCCAGUUUAAUCUUUCAGUGAUUUCACCGAGUUGUACACACUCAUGUUCCACAGCAGUAUAUUAUCCUUUUAUAAAAUACCUAUAAAAUAUAUUUUCUUCCAUGCUGCCUGUUGCAGAAUUCUGUUCUUGUUUUGAGAUAUCCCUUGAGCUAUUUAUACUCCCCUGUGCAGAUGGUAUCAUUAUUUUGAGAUAUUCCUUGAGCUGUUUGCUUUUCUGUGCAGAUGUAAUUCUAUUUUUCCCCCAAGAUAUCAUCUCCCAAUAUUCUCUUCACUUGCCCAUUGUUUAGUUUCUCAGCAAAGCUGUUAUUUUUCUGCUGUGAAGGACUCAAACAGUCUUAAAAACAAAACAAGAACCCCUUUAAGCUAUUUUUAGCUUAAGAUUCCAUGAACUAUACCGACAGAAGAACUCCUGGGUUUGUUUUUAUAGUGGAGCUGUUCAAGUCUUACCCCUGCAGCUGAGAGAAAUAUAACUGUAUCAUAAUAUUGGAUGUCGCUAGUGGUAUAAAUAUCCAUACUAUGAGUAAGGCAAAAGACUUCCCAAAAUGAAUUUAUUGCAUGAACUGAAACUGGUGGUUUAUGCAAAUUAUCUAUAGUCACAUUUCUUUUUUAUGACUUUGGUACAGCUACUAACAAAACUCUGAACCUGCUUCCUUAACUUACAGGACCUCCUAGGCCGUUAGGCCUAUCCCUCUCCCCAUUUCUCAUGCAACAUGGAUUUCUCCAGUGUUGUUUAACAUGUAACCGCUGAGUAGGAUCACCCAGAGAUUUGGAGUAUCUUGUCAGCGAUAUACUGAUGACACACAGGUCUACAUCUGCAUGAACAGAAGUGGAUGUGCUAUAUUGAUGUAUUCUCUCAGUAAUGGAUGAGAGCCUGUUAACUGAAGCUUAAUCCAAGUAAGAUUGAAGAACUGUUGGUGAAACUAGAUUAGAUACAUGAAAGUGUUUGCAUUUUGUUUCCAUGCAAACCACUUCACACUAAUGGAGCAAGUCCACUCCCACUGCCAAUCAACUGAUCAGUGCUGGGACCCUGCCUUCAAAGGUGCUUGCAUACAACACGUGGGCAGGUAGAUGUGGUUUGUGAGGAACGGCCAUUAGCAAGAAGCAGUUUGCAUUGAAGGCACUUGCUAAAUUGAAACUUUCAGCUGCUGGUUUCAAGGCAAAUCACUUGAAAAGACGGCCCCCUCAGCUGCACUUCAGAGUUCUCAAGGGGCUGAUUGCCAUGGGUCUCCCUGUUAGUGCCAAUCAGCUGAUUGGUGUUGUCAGAAAGCCUCACUUGCAAAAGAAAAACUGGAAGUUCACCUUCAGCAUUGUCCUUAUCUUCCCCACACUUGAGAAGAGUUUGGAAGAAGAGUUUGGAUUUGAUAUCUGACUUUAUUACUACCCGAAGGAGUCUCGAAGCGGUUAACAUUCUCCUUUCCCUUCCUCCCCCACAACAAACACUCUGUGAGAUGAGUGGAGCUGAGAGACUUCAAAGACAUGUGACUAGUCCAAGGUCACCCAGCAGCUGCAUGUGGAGGAGCAGAGACGCGAACCCAGUGCACCAGAUUACGAGUCCACUGCUCUUAACCACUACACUACACCACACCACACCCAUGCAAAGUCUAAUUAGGCAUGUGGGCUGAAGAUUCCCCACUGCUACCCUAAGUAGCUGAUCCAGAUACCGGUAGGUCAGAACAGGAAGGCAAUAUAUCUCUUUCAUUGUUGCUCCUAGCAGUUGACACUGAGAUUAGAUUAUAUAAUUUAUAUAUAUUAAGCGGUGUACAUAAAACUGAAGUAGCAAUAUACAACUUAAAAUAGUACAAAACACACAGUUACAUGUAAAAAUGUUACUUUAAUAUAUAAUGUAAUGGAUCCACUAAUAUAUAAAAAAUCAAUAUCACGCUGGAUCUGAAGCCUAAAGACUUACUACAAAAAGUUAGUAAUCAAGGAUAGCAUGUUGCAGUGCACUAUUCUCUGAACAGGAAUAUCAUCUAAUGGAAAGUGUGCUUUUAUGCAGAACAUUGUAUAUUAGUUAUAGUGCCAGUGACUCAUUUUACACUCUUCAUGCAUACAAGCUUUUUACCAGCAUCAGUCUUGAUAACAAUAGCAAAUGCUUUAGUAAGCUCUGUGGAUCAGGAUGGCACCUUUAGUGUCUUCUUACAGAAAACAGGCACAGAGCAGUCUUCCUUUUAAAAUAAGCAGAUUUGUAUCAUUUCGGUUCUUUAAGACAAAAGGUGAACCUGCAUGAAUAACGGCACACGUUUCUAUUUACAAUCCUAUCUCAGUACCCUUAACGUUUUAAUCUGUUGUCAGAAAAAUUGCAUCAAGAGAUUUUCCCACUGAUUCCUUGACACUGUGCCUCCAAGCUCUACACUCUUCUGCAACAUCUAUCUUGUGUUCAAGUAGGUACUAUAUUUAGAACAUCUAGUACUCUGCUCAAAGCGCACACUACACUAAACCUUAUCGUGUCCUUUAUGUACACGCUACAGAAACAACAACAAAAAUCUAAGUUUAAUUAGACACUGUUUUUUUCUUGUUCUUUAAAAAUCUAAAGUUAGUAUUUACAAGUGAUUAGCUUGUACACUGUCUCAGCUUGCCAGCAACAAUUACCAUAUUGUAUUUGUUGAAAUAAAAAUAUAUCUUGAUGGAUGCACCUUGCACUCUGUUUGUACACAGCAGUUUGCAGUGUAUUUAUUAGUUUUUUCUUCCCGUGCUGAUUUUGUUCAGCUGACUUUACCAAGGUCUCCUCUGUAACAUGCAUGGUGAGCUGCAACAUCUGCACUGAUUGCUGGAAACUGCUGUUGCAUGAACACUGUUGUGUGUCUGUGUGUGUUUAAGUUCUUCACAAUAAUGUAAUACAUCAGACAGGAAAGACUCUCCUCCCUGGAAGAGAGGGGAGUGGUUGUGGGCGGGAGCCCGAGCUCCGCCUCCCCCACUCACCUGGCUGGCGCCCGCCCCCAUCGGGAUACCUUUCCCAUCUAGACGAUUUGGGUCGUGCCCCCAAAACCUUAAAGAUACAUGUAGCCGCCAUUAGCUUCUUUGCAAAAGCCACGUUUUCCUCCGAUCCGUGCUGUGACUUCUUGGUUCACAGAGCUAUUGAGGGUUGGGGCAGGUUGCAACCCCCUAGGGCCGAGGGCCGUAAGCCAAUCUCUUACGGGUUGCUAUCACAGAUACGCACAAAGCUUAGGUCAAUGUGUUGGACCAAGUUUGAGGCCCGCCUCUUUUCCGCGGCGUAUGCUAUCGCCUUUUUGGGCGCUUUGAGAGUUGGCGAAGUCGUGGUCGAGAUUACUGCAAGCGGUUCAACGCGCGGCCUUCUUAUGGAGGAUGUGCAGUUGUCCGAAUCUAGCAUGACGGUGCGGAUACGUCAAUCCAAAACGGAUCAGGCCGGGAGGGGGGUUUUAGUUAAACUUACAGCGUCAGCGCAGCAGGGCCCAUGCCCGGUCAAGGACACCAGACGGUACCUCUACCUUAGACCGCCCGGCCCGGGUCCGUUUCUGGUUCAUGAAGAUGGGUCUCCCUUAUUGAGACAUCAGUUCACAAGGGUACUCCGCAAAGCUAUUGACGCUUGUGGUUUAGCCUCACAGGAUUAUGCUGCACACUCAUUUAGGAUUGGCGCCGCAACAACAGCCGCGUGGUUGGGUCUGCCUGCGGAUAAGAUUAAGGAAAAGGGCCGGUGGAAAUCCAACGCUUAUAAAGGUUAUAUUCGCUAGACUGCGCUCUACCACAUUACCCCUACUUACCUGGUUUUUUCUUUCCUUUUAUUCUCAGCUGUAUUCAGGAGAAGUGUGUGGAUUUGCGGCCACAGUAUAGUUCAUUGGGCCCGCGUUCGGGCGGUCAGCUGCGGCCUCACGCCUAACCUGGGUUUACCAACUGGAGUUCGAGUUUCCUGGUUUUCGAGACGAGGCAUGCGUUGGGAGGAACUCAUGCCAUUGCUGAGAGAGAAAGUAGCCACGUUCGGCUUUCCUGACAUCCUUAUCAUUCAAUUAGGGGAAAAUGACCUUGUCAACAAAAGAAGUGCGGACUUGUUGUGGCACAUAAAAAGAGACUUGGUUGCGAUUACUGCCUUGUGUCCCGGAACAACGGUGUUCUGGUUGUCCUUCCUGAAGAGAACUGUGUGGCGUGGUGCGCAGAACUGUAUGGCCAUUGAGAAAACCAGGAAACUCGUGAAUCGGGCAGUGGCCCAUUGGGUGCGCUUUAUGAAUGGCCGAGUCAUUUAUCAUGACCGUAUCCGGAUUGGCGAUCAGGCUUUGUUUCGGAAUGACGGGGUGCAUCUCUCAGACCUGGGGAGCGACAUUUGGCUUGAUAGCGUCAUCAGCAGCAUUAGGGAUUGGUUACAGCUGUGAGGGUAUUGGCGGCGAGCCUUUUGGGCUCAGGUGGCGGUUAGGCAUUGGAAAAAUGUGUUGUGGAAUCGAAGAGCUAGGUGUGGCCAUCGCCUAUGCCUUCAAUAUUUUGGGUAUUCCGUUAAAGGAAUCUGGCGGUCGUGUAUUCUGUCCGAUGCCUGCUUGGCGGGAGGCCAUGGCACGACCCUCGGUGACAUCAGGGGAGAGCCUAUAGUUGGAUGAGCAUCAACAGGCUCCACCUACUGGUGAAUAAACCCCCUUGUUUUAGACAUCCAAUGCCUAAGCCAAUACCUUUUCACUGCUGUAAUCAAUAAAGUUGUGGCCUUUUCUUGCCCAUUAACCUUAUAUCUCGUGUCCUUGUGUAUUCAUUUCACAUUGCGGGGAUCGGGUCCUCAAACCACAAAGACUCUCCUCCCUGGAAGAGAGGGGAGUGGUUGUGGGCGGGAGCCCGAGCUCCGCCUCCCCCACUCACCUGGCUGGCGCCCGCCCCCAUCGGCAGGCACCCAACCAGGUGCCUCCGAGGGGGCGUUGUCAGCAUCCUAAAUGCUGCGGCGCCAGCCCUUCCUUGGCCUCAUUCUCCUUCGUCCUGUCGCGAGUCACCCACCCUCCUCUCCCUUUGAGCUCAGGGUCUUAAAUUUUCUUUGGCCUUGCUAUGGACCUUAGGUUGGUCGCUCUGGUUGUCCGGGGGGCCUGGUAGGAAUUUUUCCAUUUGGCAUUAGGCUUUUUGGUUUUUUCGCCUACCUCGUAGCAAUCGUCACAACUUUUGUGGUGUUGGUGGGUAGGUUAGGCAUUGGAAAAAUGUGUUGUGGAAUCGAAGAGCUAGGUGUGGCCAUUGCCUAUGCCUUCAAUAUUUUGGGUAUUCCGUUAAAGGAAUCUGGCGGUCGUGUAUUCUGUCCGAUGCCUGCUUGGCGGGAGGCCAUGGCACGACCCUCGGUGACAUCAGGGGAGCCUAUAGUUGGAUGAGCAUCAACAGGCUCCACCUACUGGUGAAUAAACCCCCUUGUUUUAGACAUCCAAUGCCUAAGCCAAUACCUUUUCACUGCUGUAAUCAAUAAAGUUGUGGCCUUUUCUUGCCCAUUAACCUUAUAUCUCGUGUCCUUGUGUAUUCAUUUCACAUUGCGGGGGUCAGGUCCUCGAACCACAAACUGUACUUCUAGCACAUAGAGAGCCAUUUCAUGUAUGUCAGCAGGCAAACCACUGGCAUGCAUCUCUACUUGCCCCAGAAUAUCCCAGUCUUGGGAAAUGUUUCUAAUACUAGAGUAGAAUGAGCAGAGCAUCAGGAACUGGUAUGUUAUUCAUAACACAAAACAAACUUCUCCUGCCUAUAUGAAUAUGCCCAUAAUGUCAAAGGGAAGGAUCCUGACUUGCUAAUUGCAUGAAAGGAAGGUCUCCUUUUAUGCAUGUAAAGAAUUUAGUAGAAGCUCCUCUUAGAGGAAUGGGAGGAGAGGUAAUUUUUGCCAAUUCUCUCUCCCUACUCUAGUGUCAUCUAUAAAAGUUUUUUUUAAAAUAUAAAAUGAGAGGAUCCCUCCAACCUGCUAAAUAAUUUUUUUGCAGGCUUCAGUGUGAAUUGGCAAAAAUCCCACCUUCCUCCAGUGAAGAUCCAAUGGAUCUCAUUCACUGUUUGCAACAUUAGACUAGUGCAACAGUUAGUACAGCUCAUCCUAAGCUAUUUCCUGUUGCCACAAGUCUCAGGUUCCUACAAAAUCCUGCUACCUGAUUUGACAUUCACAUCUAAAUCUUCCACAUAUUAAAAGAUCUUGUUUGCAUUGAGUGUUUUUGCAUGCACUCAAGUAUGCAUAGGUUCUUGUACAUGGGGUGUUAUGUAUGAUCUCUGGCCUUUCAUUUUUCAGGGAUUGUGUAUAGAGAAGUCUAUGCAUUUAGGCGCAGCCUCCAUGUAAACAAGCCCCUUGAACAUCUGGAGGUGAGUGACAGGAUUAGCCAUUGCAACUUUCAUCACCUGAACAGGGCUUUAGGAUUAGUUUGGAGAAUAUUUUCCUGUAGUGAUCAUUUGUAGUUGACAAAAGUUUGGACCCAAGCUGAGGAUUCAACCCAAUCCUGUGUAUUUGCUCAGAUGUAAACCCCACAAAAUUCAAUGGGACUUACCCCCUAAGAAAAUAUGCAUAGGAUUGCAGCCAAAGGGAGUUCAAUAGUCAAUUAACUUUACAGCCACUACUCUUGGCUUUGUCACUGAUAUUUGGAAUGGAAGAGGUGAUAGGUCCAGUUCCGAAGCCAAUGUUAUACAGUUCCUUCAGACAACUAAAUAAUAUCAGCAUUCCCUUAGGAUUUUGCAUGCUUGUAUGUUAAAAUUUUGCCACAAUUUAAACUUAACUUCAAAAAGGCGGCUAAUUACCAUCCAACAAAGAAUAUUUUAUGAUCUCAUAAAAUGGUGUCACUUUGUGGGCAAUUGCUACAUCACAUGGUUGCAAUUUCAAGUGGCAUGUGGCAGCAAUUUUGUGUGUGUGUGUGUGUGUGUGAGAGAGAGAGAGAGAGAGAGAGAGAGAGAGAGAGAGAGAGAGAGAAAAGCAGACCUAAGAUAAAAAAUCCUGCUUUUGGUGGUGAACCUAUAUACCAUUCAUUAAGGGUUUUCACCAACAUAUAUUAUAUGGUAAAAUAAGAAUUUGUAAUAAUCUCACUGCCAGCUAUUUUUCUAUCUAUGGAUAAAAUUUAUUAACGUGAGUUAAAAUAUUGCUGAGAUAACUUGAAAAUAGGUCAUUGUGUAAAUCAGGAAUAGGCAAUGUGUGCCCUCCCUAAGAUUUAGGAGGGGGAGAACCCUAAAGGAAGAGAACCCCAAAAAUAACCCAGUGAGGGCUGAUCAUGCUCAGUGGCCAUGGAAUGCUCUCUAAAUGUGGGAGUAGGGAGAAAACCAAGAGGGAGGGGGAAUGUAAGCGGCUGCCUGGAAUUUUGAACCUGGAGCACCAUCACCUGCCACAUUUUUUAAAGUGUCUCACUUCUAGAUCUCUGAUAAGUUUCAGCAGGCUGGUUGCCUUUCUGGGCUGGAUUUUCAUCACCCCUAAUGUGUUUUUCUAGCUUGCAGAGAACUUCAAUGAAAAUUGUGUUAUUUUCUGAUUAAGGCCAACUGAAAAUCGUUGGCAUACCGAAACUGCAGAUUUUACAGUCUCAGUGCAGCUGCUCCAUGACUUUUAAGCAACUGUGAGAGCACAUUGUUUCAAGUGUGUUUGUGAGGGCUGAUGUCUGGAUGUAUCUCUUCUCAUCACUUUCUCUCACAACAGCCUCCCAAAAUAGUCCUCCUAAGAUCGUUAACAAAGGAAAGGUAACCAUCCUAAUAAAAUGCAAGCUGGCUCUUCUUCAUGAACUGCUUGUUUUUCUUUGAUUUUAAGAAAAGGUAUUAAAAUUAUUAGCAAUGGGGGUUUAUGGGGUAAUAGUACAUCACUAAAAAUACCUAAAUAAUAAAUAUUUCUGUGUAUCUAUUUCAUAGAGAUAAAGUACAGCACUCUGCUGUUGUUAAUAGCAUAAGAGCGUUUAUGAGUUCUGUAUGACUUAUAAAACUAAAACAUCAUGUUAUCUAUGAAACUAUUGUUGUGGGCUACAUAUAUAUGCUACUGAUUGUAGGUGAGUAAUAGGACAAAGUAUGAAGCCACUUUUUCUUUAGACAUAAAAGAACUACUGACUGCAAUCUCACUCACUGCUGUCCCUAGAAAAGUUGCCCCACAUUCACCUCACUUUACUGAGCUUUCGGUUUUGUGGAAGUGGUGAAUUGUCUAUAACAUACCUUUCCAAUGGUUUAUUCACAUAGCUUGUGACUUACGACCUAACAAGUAGAUUGAAGUGAGUGUUGGCUGCCAUGUUGGAGGGAGACGAUACUCCCAUAGGAUCUUGUUGGGGCUCAGCAUUGUGGUGGAGUGGCAGGCCCUUUAAAUGGACUGGGCACCAUUCUGCUCAGCCUCCUUCUCCUCCUUCAUCUGCUUGGACAGACCAGCUCUUCCCUCAUCUAAGGUGGUGAUGGCCAGAAGGCUAGUGCUGACAGCAGCAAUGGGUGGGAAAUUGGAAACUGCCUCACCAGAGAGUAGUAUUUAUGUCCGCCUACUGGUUUGUGGGCCCUUUUGAAGAAAGGGGGAGAGGCAUGAUGUGACUCCUUGAAAUUAUUAUUUCUGUGUAUGGAGAAGGUGACCAAGCUUCUGUGGCAGACAGGUGCAGGAAGUUAUGAGGUAAAGUCAAACUUCAGGAAGGUUACAGCGCCUGAUGUGACUGCUGGGACCAAUAAGGGAGAGAGAUGUUUUGUUGCAGUGAAGACGUCCACUUGUGGUGAAGCAGAUGCACCAUAGCAUUUCUUCUCUCUGUGCUCCUGCCAGCACCUUUAAAGAGAAAGGAUGUAGACCCAAGACCCGCCUCCAGGGCUGUUGGGCUGUGUGACAUGGUUAGGGAGCACCUUUGAGGCCAAGCUGUAAACACCUGCUUAGAGUUAUGGGGCCCCAGAAGGAGGAGGUGUAGCAGGAAAGCCUCCCUACUCAGGUGAAAGAGUGGGGCUUAAGGGAGGGCGAGCUUGCCCAAGUUUGGUUGUUAGAUAUAGAUCCCAAACCUUGUACCCACAAUGCAGAUCUGUUUGGAGUUUAAAUAAAUGUGGCCCAGUGACCUAACCUAUUGUGUCCAUGUGUGGUCACAAUGCGUAUCAGACCAUUUGCUAAGGGGAAAGCUACAUGAUUAAAAUGUUUCAUAACCACUAGUUUAAGAAGUUUGAUUCUGCAAAUAAAUUAAGUAUAUAUUACAUAAUGUUCAGGCUAUACUGGUGCAGCAAGUUUCAGAAUCAGGGCAUAUGGGAUUUGGUCAUAUACUAAGAAAAACACAGUGCCAGAUAUCGUAGGUGGAUGGGUAAGAAAUCUUCUGUGUUCUGUACUGAAAAUUUCCAGCAUGUAUGCACAGGAUUUUUUAAAAUAAAAAUAUUGUCCAGUAUGCUUCCAUUAAGUAUUAUAUUGCAGCCCUCAGUUAUUCAUUGAAACUAGAAAACAAUCAGCAUGGUAACGGUGGCAAAAAGUUUCAGGAGUACAGUAUAAAUAUUCACAGAUCACAAACACCAGAGGGCCUCACUCUCUUCUGCUCCCAUAAAAAUCCAGCCCUGCAUAACAAAGGUGCUUGUAAAGAAUUAUGUUUAGAUUUAAGUGCUGACAUGGAUACAUGUGUUGGCCAGGGUAGGUUUUCUUUCUUUCUUUCUUUCUUUCUUUCUUUCUUUCUUUCUUUCUUUCUUUCUUUCUUUCUAAUGCUCUGCUUUCAGAGAAACUUGUUUGCUGUAAGGAAAAAUAGUAAAAGGUACCCCUGCCCGUACAGGCCAGUUGUGUCCAACUCUAGGGUUGUGUGCCCAUCUCACUUAAGAGGCCGGGGGCCAGUGCUGUCCGGAGACACUUCCGGGUCACGUGGCCAGCGUGACGAAGCUGCUCUGGCAAGCCUGCACCAGCACAGCACAUGGAAACGCCGUUUACCUUCCCGCUAGUAAGCGGUUCCUAUUUAUCUACUUGCACCCAGGGGUGCUUUCGAACUGCUAGGUUGGCAGGCAAGGAAAAAUACUGACAACAUUAAACCAGGAAAAUAAUUAUUACUCAUUUAGCACCAGCAACAUAUGAGUUUUAAAUUUUACUGAGCCACAUGAACAAAGAAAGGCAAAUUACUGCUCCAAGGAGCAAAGAGUCUGAAGCUGGAGAGUGGGGGUGAUAGCAAAUGAAAAGGAGCCAAAAAGCAGGCAAACAUAGCAAUUAAUACCAGCAAACACACUCACUCUAGGCUUUAGGUCUAAAUGCAUGGGCAUGGGUAUCUGAGCCGGCUAAUGCUGUCUUUAAUGAAAAGCAACUCCAGCAGUGGAAAAUUCAGAGCAGAGAAGUGAUGGAGGGUCAAACUGCUAGUUCCCUCUUUCAUAUUGCCACUCCAAAGUGAUUUCUUUCUCUGCAAAGUUCCCAAAAUGUGUUUGCUCCUGCUAAUUCCUGCAUUUUAAGCAUACCAAGCUGCCACAUGAGAGCAGCAGUUCUGGCUUACUUUUUCUGCACAGUUGGUUACCCUAUGCCAGAUUAUUGAAAUCUCAACAUGGUGUUUGCUUCCAUAAAGCUAGCAUGAUUAAUUUAAUGAUAUGUUUCCAAUAACAAUGAAGCAUGGAUAUGUCUACAAGCCAGAGAAGCUACUUAAAGUUAUGAUUAUUUUGAAAGCUUUGAAGGACAUAAACAUGUUAAAUGUGAAUUCAGAAGAAGGAAAUUGCUAAAAAUGAGUCAAUUAAAUGCACAUUUUCUUGAAAGAUAAUGCAAUGGGAGUUUACAAAAUUUAAUUUUAUGGGUGGUAUUCAAGUAAGUUUUACUCAUAUUAGACCCACAGAAAUUAAUAAACAUGACUAAGUUAGGCGUCUUAAUUUUAAUUGGUCUAAUCUGUGUUAAACUUAGUGGAAUACUACUCUGUACCUAUGACAAUAUUAUUUCCUUCCUUGGAAAUGGUGGUAUUUAUGAGCAGCUUGAUCCAGUAAGGGGAAUCCAUGGUGAAACGGCUUCAGCAAUCCCCUUCUGGACUGGGUGGUUUCCCUUGCUAGAUCCAAGAGUGCAAGGAUCUUUGAAAGAAAAAUGUUAAUGUACUCCUUAUAAUUCAUCUACUCGCAAGUAGCAUUAUUGUACAGUACAAUGAAAGGCAUCCCUUUGCAGUAUGCUGCAUUGUUGCAAUACAAAUAAUGGCAGCUAGAUUUAUUGGUGCAGCGCUCCGUUUUUUAAAAGAUUGCAGAUAAGACUAACAAGAACUGAGAAAUUAUAAGCAAUGGUUAAAAGACCGACCUCUAUGGCUUAGGGGGGAAAGGAGUUGGAGAAGUUAUGCCAACACUGUGCAAAUGAGGUCACAUCUUUUUGGUUUCCAGUUUGUGGGGCCGUAGUCCCCUCCCACAUAGCACAUUCAGUAGUAAAUACUGAAGGAAGCUUGUGUAUGUGUUCAUUUGAACAUGAAUAUACACCUUCAUGCAACCAGGAACUUUGUCUACUGGAAUAUCUUUCGGUAUGUUGUAGGCAGGGGAACAGGGCCAUCCUGCCUGGCCUCAUGAUUUGCUCCCAGUUUCACAAGUCAGGCUUAUAAGGUGUGAAGAAGGCUAAGACAGCAGGAGAGUAAAGAGGCAUUCAAAUCAUCCUUCUCAUGUGUUCACCAAAUGCAGGAGAGGGAAGCUGGCCAUAAUUCCAAAUGCCAUUGUGCCCACUAACUGUGCCUACUAACUAUGGGCAUUCAAUAUAUGCUACUCUUUCACCCAGGUGCCACCAAUAGGUGGUCCAAGGCUCCUGUUGUGCUGCCAAACCACAAUGUGUUGAAAGUUACAAUAAAUUUGUGGCCUAUUUUUCUUCCAUCUAGUCAGUAAUUUUUCUUAUUCUCGCCUUUGCUGCACUAUGGGUACAAAGUACUGAUUUAUAGCUUAUCUUGGUAUGUUUCUUUUCCCAUGGGAAAUAUCUUUGGGUUUUGAGUGUGACUUAAAACCUUAUAAAUGCUGAAUCAUGUUUGAAAGAAAGGUAUCUUAAAGACAAGCAAAGGCCAAAAUCAAAACGAAAACAAGUGAAUUUUUUUAAAAAUAAAACCCAAAAUAUUCUUAAUAGUAUCCUGCUUAACCUCUGACCUUUGAUUGUUAGAAAAAAACCCACCCAAUCUUUUAAUAAAGCUUCAAUAGAUGCAUUAAAAUAUAAUCCACCCAAGUUGUUUUUAGUUCCCUAAUUAAAAUCCAGACAAGCAGCUUUUACAGCAAUAGUAUCUCCAAAUGAAUACAGUAUAGUCCUUUCAUUGACAUCAGAUUAGCUCCUGGAGCCAAUCCAGACUCAAUUGAGGACAUGAAAACCUGAUUUGCUCUGAGCCUUCCAUUCAUAUCUGAUCAGUUUCCAGAUUGGUUUGUCAAUGGAAGUACUGUAUAUGCAAAAACCACCUAUUCUACAUUUUCGCCAUUCACACACUGUAUUCUUUACAAAAGCUUAAUGUUUGUAUUCAGUUGCAUCAGAGACUCUUAAGGACAAGCAAAUGAGAACGAGAUCGUUCUGUUAGCAAAUCAAAGUUGGUAUUUCUUAGGAGAACUUGUAUACAGGUUCAUUGCAAACUGAGACAAGGCUAAAUGUUUUUAAUAUACAAAUUUCUGGUCUAAAGGUUCCCAGUCUACUGUAUCACAUUUUGUUUGAAGUAUGUACACAGUCAAUCACUGCCUGACGUUGCUGCCAUUGUGUGAUGUGCUUGCAUGUGUGAACUCACAUACAAGUGCCCCAUUAAUUGUACCAAACUACUGAACACCAAAUACAUCCUCUCAUUUGCUAUGAUAUCUCAGAAUAUUUGGGAUUACCUAUACGCAGGUGGCGCUGUAGUCUAAACCACAGAGCCUAGGACUUGCCGAUCAGAAGGCGGGCGGUUCGAAUCCCCGUGAUGGGGUGAGCUCCCGUUGCUCGGUCCCAGCUCCUGCCAACCUAGCAGUUCAAAAGCACAUCAAAGUGCAAGUAGAUAAAUAGGUACUGCUUCGGCAGGAAGGUAAACGGCGUUUCCGUGCACUCUUCUGGUUCACCAGAAGCAGCUUAGUCAUGCUGGCCACAUGACCUGGAAGCUGUACGCCGGCUCCCUCAGCCACUAAAGCGAGAUGAGUGCCGCAACCCCAGAGUUGGCUAUGGCUGGACCUAAUGGUCAGGGGUCCCUUUACCUUUAUAUCACUAAGGGUUUAUCCACACUUCCUCUUGUCUUGCUGCUUCCCCCCUGCUGCUCCCAUCAAUCGGAGCAAACAGCAAUUCACUGUUUUGUGUCAAAUCUGCUUGGAUCUGUGUCUAGAAAGUGUGGGUCAAGUGGAAAACUGCUUGGACCUGCACUUUUGAGGCACAGGAAAAGCUGAAGUGUGGGUGAGUCCUUGCUCUAGAAGAAGUCUAUGAAGUAAUUACACAGGCGGAAUUGUGCCAAAGCAAGAACAGAGAGACAAAAAUAAUGACAGUUAUCAGGAUUUUCAUUUAAAAAAUGUGAACAUGCCCCACAAUUAAAGAAGUUUUAGAAAGAACAUUUCUGCCUCCCUAAAGCACUUGAGUUUCAUAUGAAAACUGAAACAGGAGAACAUUGGGCAGAGUCCCAGUAAAAACCCCUAAUGUAAAUUGCAAUUAAGGCUCCUCUCCUAUACAUACUUGGACUAAGCCCCAUUAAAUGUCACGGGGUUUACUUCUGUGUGGGCAUUCAUAAGAUUGGCUGGUAAACCUAUUGGCUUCAAUGGAAUAAACGCAUUUAAGUAUUGGGUGGAUUAUUGUUUGCUAGCCACGUCAAGUAGGAAAACUACAUUGAUCUCCAUGCUUGUCAUGUAAUCUAGACUAAUGAUUCUAACAUGAUGGCUCAUUUUGUUUCUCAGCUGGCUGUGAGCAAAUGGAUAUUGUCAAUGCUAGAACAAGGAAUAAAACAUUUUGGAACCAAUGCGUGGGUAGCCUAUGACGUAAGAUUAACAGAUUUUUUCCCCAGUGAAUCCAGAGACACUUUUCAGCUUCAAUGGAUUUUGUAUGGGGACUGAUUUGUAAAUCCGGGGACUGUCCCUGGGAAACGGGGACAUCUGGUAAUCUUACUAUGAAGGCAAAAUACCAAACACCCCAAAGCAAAAAAUAAAAUAAAAAUGUAAAUAAGUGAAAUAGUCUCCAUGUUCAAACUGGGAAUUAAAUUGAACAUGCUGCUGCUAUGUUAGUUUUUCUUUCUUAGCUCUUAACCCCAUUUUCUUAUUUUCUUCAUCUCUUUAAUUUCCAAUAAAAUGUUUUCAGCUUUUCAGAGGCAUAUUCACACAUUCCUACAUAUUUAAAGGUGUGUUUUAAUGGACGGUGAUGCUACAUAAACUCUAGUAACAGAGAAAUCAGAAAAUGAAGCUGACAAUUAACAUUUCAGACAUCUCUGAAAUUUCAUAGUUCUGUGGUUCUGAUCUUUUGAAUGUCCAUCAGAGAACACCUUCCCUUCUGUUGAUGUUCCACUUGUUGUCUAAGUGCUCCUGCAGGGUUUGUAACAAGUUUAUUUAAGUAAAUCUUGCUUGUAGAAAACACAUGGUACCUUAUUAUUAAAAGCCUUGCAUAAAAAUUGUGCAGCUGUUAUUAUGUUAUACCUUGGAAGAAGCAUCAUAAGGCUUUUGUGAACAGAUUGCAGUUUGCAGUUCUUUUAAGACAUCUCUUAGCUCUGAUAGUUUUCAUAGUGUGAUAAUUGUAAGUCCUUCAUUUGAUAGAGCAGCCAGUCCAUGUUUGAGCAAGCAGAUUGUUUGCUGCUCUUCACUAAAUAUUUUUAUGUUUGUAAUUUAUAUUAAUGCAUUAUUUCCUGUUCAUAUUUCACUGCACUAUUUUCAGAGAGAGCCUGGCAUGGUUUCCUGUACAGCUAAUAAGAAACUAUUGUCACUUUACAGCAGAGUGUCCAAAGUUGGUGGUUUUAUCUCAUCAGCAUGUGAGUUUCAAUUUUAAAUAGAGAUGUUGCAGAACUGGGAUUUGGGUUCUGGUGAGACAGUGAGGUGAGACUGAAAUAUGAAUUUUGUGCAUUUAGAUUCUCACUUUCUCUAGGACUCUCAGUGUCUCACGGGAAGCAUCUGUACUCUGAUUUAAAUGUGUUGCUGUCCUGUGUUGUAUGUGACUGUUGUCUCAUUUAAUCCAGGCCUUCUGUCACCAGUGAGGAAACUAGCAAAGAAGUUUAUUAUCUCUCUUGGCUCCAACUCAUCACAUGAAGUUGGGUGGAAACAGUUCUCUGGUCAUCAUAGUUCCCUGGAGGCUUCUAUGUAACAUACCGAGUGCUUUUUUCUAAAAAAAAAUGUUUAGGGGUACUCUCAUUUUCCUACUCAUAUUGAAAUAGGGGUAUGCAUACCUCUGUGUCCCCCCAGGAAAAAAGCACUGAACAUACCCAUCUUAAGGAAAGCAAUUUCUUUUCCACCCAUUUACAAUGCUGCAAAAUAGCUCCUGUUCUGCAAGUCUUUACACCCCAAAAUGCAUGCCCGUCAUGCAAAACGUUUGGGAGGAAAAUGCCAUUGUUUCAAAAGGAGUUCAGCAAAUGCCUUUCAUUCUGCAGGAGUUAAGGAAGCCACUGGGGGCACCUUGGUUUCCAAAUCUAGCUCAGAUGUCUUCUCUUGUUACUAACACUGUCUUUGAUUUAAUAUCUGGGAAACUGUAGAAAUCUAAUCCAGAUGCCAUAUGACUGAAAGUCAAAGUGAUCAGCAUAAAAUUACAUGCUUAAUUUAAUAGGAGAAAUAAUCUCAUGAGUGAAGUUUCUAUACCCUGAAUAAAAUUACAAAGGGCAGUGAUGGUCCUUGCAGACUCCUGGGGCAAUAGAUGCAGUUUAGUUGGGAAAAGGCUGUGGUUUAGUGGUAGAACAUCUACUUUGCAUGUAGAAGGUCCAUGGUUCAAUCCCCAGCAGCUCCAAGUAGGGUUGGAAGAGAAGCCUGCCAAAAAAUCCUUGGCCAGUCGGUGUGGACAACACUGAGCUAGAUGGAUCAGUAGUAUAAGGCAGCUUCCUAUGUUCCUGUGCUUUGUGUUUGAACUAACUAGUUAAGCAUAAGCAUAAAAGAAUUGCACAAACUAGGGCAUCUGCUGUUUCAUCUUAUUCAUUGGGCAAUAAUUGGACUUUUUCACAUAGUUAAAAUAUGGCACUUGCUCCCAUAGGAGGUAGUGAAGGCCACCAACCUGGACUGCUUUAAAAGAAGAUUCAACAAAUUCAUGGAGGAUAUGAGUCUCAAUGGCUACUAGGCAAUAUGCCUCUGGGUGUCUAUUACUGGGAGUCACAAGUAGGGAGAGUGAUGUUGCUAUCAGGUCCUGCUUUGGGCCUUUCUUAAGGCAUCUGGUUGGCCACUGUGAGAACAGGGUGCUGGGCUAAAAUGGGCAAUUGGACUCAUCCAGCAGACCUUGUAUUUUUUCAACAAAAAUUUUGCCUUAAUUCGAUCUCACACAUGCAUUUGCAUACAUUUCAUGCAUGAAAUGGAUGAUCUCUGAUACAAAACAAGUGUGCUAUAUCUGAGGGACUCAUUGACUGACUAGGGAAUUUGGCUUCAUGAGCAACGGGACUUCAAAUUAGUUGAGAAAGGAGGUAUUUUUAAUUCAUUUCAGGAUUUAUACACUUUCAAACUUUCAAAGAAUCUCCAUCCGAGAAUAGUAUAUAAAACAUAAUUCUACUCUUUACACCUAAUCUGCCUCUCAUCAAUGCCUCACAGCUCACCCAACCCAACCCAACCCAACCCAACCUUAGCGGUUUUCUGACAUGCUGCUUGCUUACUCACCUGCCCAUCUGCCAUUCAUCACCUAGAUUUGGCAUAGCAGCCUAUUGAUGUCCAAACAAGCCAAUAUGGUGACAGCCUUAUAUUUUUAUUAUAUAUGAAGACAUUGAGAAAACCUGUUCCAAUGUUUGGCCACCCAAAAGAGCAAUCACGCUGUCAUUUUAACAAUCUAUGUACUUACACCCUGAGACCAUCUAGUAAAGGGCAGUAAAUCUCAUGAAUAAGUAAGUAAGUAAGUAAAUAUUACAUCUCACAUUUUUAAAAUUCAGAAUUCCCAUUUUUGCAAAGUAAAUAAUACAUUUGAGUUCCAACCCAUUUUCUUAAGCUAUGUUAUCAAAAGCUGAGCACUGAUAUGAACACUUAUACCCACCAUAAGCUCAAAUCUCUGUCAAAAACAUUCAUUUAAUAUUCUGAAAAUUGGCUUUAAAAGUGCAGUGUUCUUACAGUUUGGAUUUUAUGCAUACUUUAGACAGCUGAGAAUCUGAAUACACUUUUCCCAGUAAAAUUGGUGUUCUCUCUACUCACAGCUGGUUUACCACUUUCAGUGGAAAGACCAUGAAAACAGUAAAACAAGGAGCAUUAGAGCCAGUUUAAAUAAAACACUAUGUGCACAUAAAUAACUUCUAUGCAGUCCAGCAUUAUAUUUGGUGAGUUCUUAACCCAUGCACUGACCUCUGCUUGUGCAUCAUUCACCACCAGUGAUCUAUGGCUUGAUGGAAACCACCCUGAUGUGUCUGAAUGGCUUACGUUAAGAGGCCUUUAAAGGAAAUGCUAGAUCAUAUGGAUUAUUUUUUAUUUGCCCCAAGUUCCUUGCCUUUCAACUGCAUUUGAAUCUGUGUUAAUAAUGCAAAUUAUCAUUCAGAAGAAGCUGUCUGACCUUCUAUUUCAUUAGCAGUAGCACUCCAAAAAGGAUUCUGAAAUCUAAAGGCCUUUGAGCACAUUAUACUUAUCACAGACUCUCUGUGGCAAGUGCUUUGUGCCAUGGCUAUAACACGCAGGGCAGAUUACGGUACCUUGUGAAUCGCCACCAUCCUUUGAGGAAUGCCCAAGUUCCCAGGCAACUGGUAGUGAUGAAAAAGCUUGUUGUUUUUGUUAGUUUAAUAAAAUACUUGUAUCCCACGUUUCUCUCAUUAAAGAGAUCCAGUGCAGCUGACAAAACCAAGGCAAAACCAGUACCUAAUUAACAAAGGUGAAAACAUUUCAAAAGCAUAUAUAACCACAGAAAAUCACAACAGUAUCAAAUUCAAAACAAAGUUCUCAGCAUAAGAAUGUAGACUGCUAGGAUCAGACCAUGACUAUAGAAAGAAAAAGUUUUUCUCUCCCCCCCCCUUUAGUGCUGAUCUGUAAAGGAAUACACAGCACCCUCCCUAUUUUUGGCAAAGGGUUUACUGGAAGUUGCAUCCAGCUGUUCCAGAAUGCUACUGCAUAGCCAAAGAGUUUCUUCAGUUGUGACAUCCUGAAAGCUCUUUCCUGAAUGCACAUAGACAUGUAUUCAAUUGCAUUGGCUCCUGGCUCACCACCUGCCCUACCUUUUUCUCAUGUAAAACACUGAUCGCAAACUAUCCUCUGCUCUGAGUCUGCAGAUGAGGACAGAAUCAAUGCACAAAUCUGACUCAGUCAGUUGAGUUAGUGACACACAAUUGGGUUGCUAUUAGCGAUGCAAAUGUUUCCUUAAGAAGCAAUAAAACUUUUGCUUCAAGACCGUACACGACCUCCAGUUUUUCAAAUGAUUUCAAGAGGGCCAGACAAAUGUUGUUGUCAUCAGCUUUUGUCAUCGUCUCCAACUUCUCUAUAAUGUUUUAACUAAUCUACUGAAUGAAUCUCAGAGAGCUGUAAGGAUUGGCAAGAACUUGAAAGUGCUGGCAGUUCCAUAACGUUUAUUGCAUUGUAAUUGCUAAUAUGACUGGGGAUACAUAGAUCAAAGAUUUGUACUGGGUCUGAGUAGAUGCAUAGCAUGCUGCGUCUUCCAGUACAUCUAGGGUGAUACCCAACUAAAUUAGAGUAGACCAUUCAUAUUGAUGGGUCUUCUCUGAGGAUAACAGUGGAUAACACCCCUAACGGCUGAGACAUAUCAAACAGUUUACGUACUUAUAUACUGUAUAAUGUGUUUUCAUGAACAAAAAUGUCUUUGCCCCAAGGAACCUCGGGUCUAAAUUUUGACAGAAGAGUAGAUGAACAUAGGGAGGAGAAGGAAGAGAAAGACAAGAGGACAUAAAGAGGGGAGGAACAAAGAUAGCAAGGGAAGGACAGGAGCAAAUUCAGUUAUAGUUAGACUUCACGAGAACAUUACGUGUGUGCUAAACCAUACAUAAUACUAAAUGGGUCACUUGAAGUUGCAUUUGUGUGGCACUUUUAAUAGUCACUGCAGGAGGUGGGACUUGUAUCAGGACAACAUUGUGUGGGGAACAGGGGAACGAGCCUUUGCUUCCCUGCCAGGGUCCUGAUGAAGUCCAUGACCUCUCCAAAGUUGCUAUUAGUCCUAGGAGAGCCCUCUUCCAUUGCCACCAAUGGAUGCUUCCUUUCUGAGAUAAGCAGCAGCUUUGGAGGGGAAAAUUUUAAUGAGGACUGGGGCAAAAAUCCCCUCACCCAGCAGCUAAAAACAGCACAAAACAAAUGCGCCUUCAAGAGACACAUUCCAUAUUGCAUCUGCUUGUCCCAUGUAUUGCUUCUUCAUCCCAAAGCCCACAUCCUACGUUGUGGGCCAAAGAUCUAGAGAAGAACCCUGACCUAGCAAAACUUCCUAUUUUACCAUGAAUAUCUCUUUUCACAGAUAACUGCAGCAUCCUUAGCCAGAGGCUAGCGGCUUCAUUUUCCCACCAUGCCUUUGGACCAGAUAAGUACCUUUCUUUCCUCUGCUAUGUGGCAAUCUCUUUUGACAAGCUAAAGAUGUAGCACUGGGUUAUUUCAGGAAUUUCUUACUGUUAUAUCCAACCAUGAUCAGGUUUGUCAUUCCGUUUUGCAUGAUUGCAUGUAUGUUUCAAAAGCAUCUUCUUCUCAAGAUAUUUCAUUUGCUGUUGUAUUGCAGCUAUGCCCAUUUAUUAAAAAACAAUGUUGAGGAUUUAAUAUAUUAUGCACCACAAGGGAAAGAGGAAUAAUCAGUUUAUGCACUUUCAGCUAACCAACAUCUGGAUUUAAUAGCAAAUGGAGUUUAAGAUUUUCAUUCCCUGGAUGUGUGACAAGCCCACUGAGGUUUCUAUAAUCUGGGUUUGUAGCCAGAGACAACAAACUUAACCACUCUCAGAAAUGUCUAUAUUUCAGUUAAACCACUUAGUGUUAUAUUCUAUAUUGGAGCACUAUAGUAAAAAUGUGCCUGAUAGGUUUGUUUAGGUCAACCUUCAAACACUUUUUUUAGGGGCUAUUGUGCAGCAGUAGAGCAUAUGGCCAGCAUGACAACAGAGGAGAGUUAUACUAUAUUUGUUUUAACGGGAUCUUAUUUUCUCUUUCAUUGUAUCUUAAUUUUUUUUACAUGCCCUGAGAUCACCUAUGAUGAAGGACAGGAUAUGUGUUUGUAAGUCACUUUGAGUUCAUCUCCUUUUUAAAGUAAUAUAACAACAACAACAACAACAACAACUUCUUUUAAAAAAUGCUUUGCAUGCAAAAUAUAUCAGGUUCAGUCCAUAGCAUCACAGGCAGGACUGGGGAAAACAUCUGUCUGAAUGACACCGUGAAAUUCUCUGCCACAAAAUGUUGGAAUGUGAAUGGCUUCAACUUGGAUAGCUUUAAAAGAUUAGACAAAUUCAUGAAGAGUAAGAUUAGCAAUGGCUACUAAUUGGAGGCAGUAAGCUUCUGUACACCAGUUGCUGGAGAACACAAGUGGGGAGAGUGCUGUUGCGCUUAGGUCAUAUUUCUGGGCUUCCCAGAAUCAUCUGGUUGAUCAUUGUGAGAACAGGAUGCUGGACUUGAUGGGUGUUUUGUCCGCUCUAGCAGGGUUCACCUUUGUUGCGGUUUCUAACAUCAACCAGAACUGUAGUAGAUAUUUAGAGGGAAACUGAAAGAGACAUUUGCACUGCAAUUCUGUGUACUUUCUAGGGAAUAAGCCCCACUGAAUGCAGUAGUAUUUACAUGGGUAAAAUUUGGCUACAGAAACAGAGAAGAAUAUUUCUAAGUACAAAGUAGCAUUUCCCCCCCUGUAGCCAAUGCUAUGCACAUAAAACAGAGGAUAGUGGUACUUUGUUCCAUAUAAUUGCAACACGUCAUAAGGUUUGAGAGCACAUUGUAUGGACUGAGUGUACUUUUAUCAGUUGUAAACUGGAGUGCUUUGGCACCUGUUGAUGCUUGCAUCCAUUCAGCGGGGUGGAAAGAAAGCCCCUCCCCUUUAAGACCUGAUCCAGGUUUGCAUGGGUCUCUGGACCAACUUGAAAUGGGAACAGCUUUCUGAGAUUGCCCUUUCAAACGAUCGCUCCAUCUCUGUCCAGUAUAGAGCAAGCAAUGCACAGCUAGAACAAAAUAUUUGACUCACGAAAACUAAAAAGCCUCAGGCUGAUAGAAAUGGGAUUUGCUGGGGUAGUCUGAAAUACAGGUAGUUGAAAUUAGGCGGUCUAUACAUGCACCACAUUUCUCCGUUAAGGUGUUUUUACAGCAAUUUUACAGCAGAAGGGGGAUUUACAAUGGUAGACAGGACUUGCCUAAGACUGGAUAAGGCAGUUUAUUUGUAUUAUGUGUUUCAUGUUCAUAUAUAGUCACAAAAACCACAAAAUGAGGAAUAAGAGGAAUUAUAUCACAUGAUGUCAUGUACUGUAGGCAACAGUUGUCCUUGGCACUUGUAUUUAAAGAUGGUGCACAAGCUAUCAAGUAGGUCCCUUAAUUGGUGGGGGGCGGGGGCGGAAUCGGAACAAAAUACUGUGUUUAGUUUUUGGGAAAGUGUAAUUUCUCUAUAAGAACAGCACACCCUUGAAGUAAAACCACUGGGUUCCUGAAUCAGCUGUGUGCUUUUCCAACACAAAAACAAUAUUCAAGUCCCUGGUAGAACUCAUUGAGUUCACUGUGGGGAAGAAUUUCUACUGCUAGGGGGAACAUGGUGUUGACUAUGCUAUGUAGGGCUUCAAUUAAUAGGCCUGUGCAUAUUAAGGAGCACAAGGCAACAGCAUGCUUUGCUCACACUUUUAUACUUCCUUCAAUACCUUUUGUUUUUAUUUCCAAAGGGUUUAAAAAAACAAAAAGCAAAUGAUCCUUAGGUUCUAUGCACUAGUUAAUAUUUGUGAUUUAAGUUCAGAUUUAAUAUUACCUCUUUCCCCCAAAAGACUCUUGUAGGUUCUUUACAAGUGGUGUUUCUGCUUGUUCGUUUAAUGUUCCUUAUUUUGCAGUGUGAAUAGUAAUAACUUGAGUUUCAAGUGGACUUCAUUCAGGUUCAUAUGAUGGGAGAAGAACCAUCAGGCCAACCUUCAGUUUGGAUCUCUGGCCUGGCCUCUCAAACAGCCAGUCUUACUGGUGCUAAGUUUGUCAUAAAGGGAGAACGGGGGCAAUUUACAGGCCCCCAGCUGGCUCCAGCCCACCGGCCGGCAGCCAGGCGAACUCUGGUCCUUGGAACAGCAUCAAAACAGCGGCACACAGCUUCAGAAGCCGUCAGAAACUUGAGCACACCUUAACCAGCAGAGUGAAUAACACGUAACAGAAGUGGUGGAUAUGUAAAGCAUAUUUACAAGCAGUUUAUUCAGCAUACUUCAGGACAAAGAAAACAUGUCUGCUCUCUUGCAUGUCCAAGAGCAGGAACAAAAAGCAAAAGCUAUACACCAUCGGCUGGGUGAGGACUGCAGGGCCUGCUCCCUUCCAGGGCCUUUUCCAACUGGCCCAGGGGCCGUGGCCCAGGCCCUUAUUUGGAACAAACUUUUGGGGAAGUGUGGGAAGUGUUCUGCCAUUGCUUCCCUGUUCCAGGUGGUUAAUGUGAUUUAAAAUGUCCUCAAGCAGUCAAUGGCAAUUUAAAUUUUUAUUUCUUUUUUCCCUUUUUUCCUUUGUUGGGGGUGGGUGGGUGGGAUGGAUAUUUGGUUGGGGAUUAAUUUUAGUAUAAUUGUUCUGUUCCUUUUGUUGUUUUUGUUUUAUUGGUUCUGUAUAGUUUGUGUUUUGUUUUUAAGGGGCGGGAUCAGGGCUGCCUGGGAGUGGGGCCCCAGCCAACACAAUGGCUGGGACAAGUUCCACAGGGGCGGAAGCACUGGGACAUCCGAUCUCGGUGAUCAUGGACAGGAGGCGGAGUUACGCUAAGAUCAGACCAUGUCAUUACCGAGGAGGCAGGUUUAGUCGUUGUUUGAAGACUAUCCCUGCCUCCGGGUCUGGCCUUGACCGGAUGGAUACUGGAAUCAACAGGGGAAACCCACAUAACCUGAAGGUGUUGCUGUGUGAUGCCAGGUCAAUGAUGAAUAAAACCACUGCCAUCCACGACCUGAUUGUGGAUGGAGGAUUUGACCUGGCAUGUGUGACAGAGACCUGGUCGGAGGAAGCAGAUGGGCCUGUCCUUGCCGCUGCUUGCCCACCAGGUUUCUCUUACGCACAGCAACCCAGGUCAUGUGGGCGGGGUGGGUGGGUUGCAGUGAUUUUUAGGAAGUCACUAGCUUGCACCAGGUGUCCUACUGGGAAGAUCCAGUUUUCUGAGUGCAUGUUCUGGAAGUUGGGCAAUAGGGGCAGUACAGGAUUCCUUUUGGUGUACCGACCUCCCCGCUGCACCAAGGAUUCCCUGUCCGAGCUGCUUCAGGUCGUGGUGGAUUUUCUCCUGGAGACACCUAGUUUGGUUGUCCUAGGGGAUUUUAACAUCCAUGCCGACACGACCUUACAAGGGGCUGUUCGGGACUUCGUGGAAAGCAUGGCCUCCAUGGGGCUGUCCCUGAAUAAGUUUGGCCCAUUUCAUAGUCAUGGACAUGCCUUAGACCUGGUGUUCACCUCUAGUGACGUGGGUGAUCUGACACUAAGUAAAAGUGAAACAAAAGAAGUGCCAUGGUCAGAUCACUUCCUGGUGCAACUGGACUUCUCCGCAAUCCUUCCCCUCUGCAGGGAGGUGGGACCAAUUCGGAUGGUCCGCCCCCGCCACUUAAUGGAUCCAAAUGGUUUCCAGAGAGUGGUAGGGGAUGCUUUAUCCCAUGUUGAUGACCUUUCAGCUGAUUCCCUGGUGGCCCGCUGGAAUGCGGAGUUAACCAGGGCUAUCGACUGUCUGGCUCCGAAGUGCCCUCUCCGAUUGCAUGGAGCCCGGACAGCCCCGUGGUUUUCUUUGGAGCUGAGGGCGAUGAAACAAUCGCUGAGACAGCUAGAGCGUCGGUGGCAGAAAACUCACUCCGAAUCUGACCGGACACAGGUUAGAGCUCAACGUCGAGCCUACCAAGUGGUGAUAGCGACGGCGAAGAAGACUUUCUUCACCGCCUCUAUUGCAUCUGCAGAAAAUAGUAGCAGGAGACUCUUUCAGGUGGUUCGCAAUUUAACAGAACCACCUUUACCACCGGGGCCUUGUAAAGACCCCAAGAUCUCCUGCAACGAUUUUGCAAAGUUUUUUGCAGAUAAAAUCACUCAUAUUCGGAAGGAGCUAGACACCACCGUGGGAGCAGGGCUGGGGCGGGAGAGUGCUAGAGCUCUGUCUGGUCAAGUUGUAUGGAAUCAAUUUCAAUCCGUUACCCCCGAGGAUGUGGACAGGCUGCUUGGACGCAUGAAACCAACCACCUGUCUCCUUGAUCCUUGCCCAUCCUGGCUAAUAAAAGCAAGCUGGGAAGGGCUGGGUGAUGGGCUCUGCGGGGUGGUGAAUGCUUCCCUCUGUGAGGGAACAUUCCCAGAUCCGCUGAAAGAGGCGGUCAUUAAACCGCUUCUUAAAAAACCAUUUUUAGACCCGGCCAGUAUGGCCAACUAUCGCCCAGUCUCAAAUCUUCCAUUCUUGGGCAAGGUGAUUGAGCGUGUGGUUGCUGAACAACUCCAGGCAUGCCUGGAGGAUGCGGACCAUUUGGAUCCCUUCCAAUCGGGAUUCAGGCCUCAUCAUGGGACUGAAACUGCCUUGGUCGCGCUGGUUGAUGAUCUCUGUUGAGCUAGGGACAAAGGUGAGAGUUGUUUCCUAGUUCUGCUGGAUCUCUCAGCGGCCUUUGAUACAAUCAACCAUAACAUCCCUCUGGACCGUCCAGAGGGGCUGGGAGCUGGGGGCACUGUUAUACAGUGGUUUCGCUCCUUCCUCCUGGGCCGCGUUCAGAAAGUGGGGGGGGAUGAGUGUUCAGACCCCUGGGCCCUCACUUGUGGGGUGCCUCAGGGUUCCGUCCUCUCUCCCAAGCUUUUUAACAUCUAUAUGAAGCCGCUGGGAGAGAUCAUCAGGGGGUUUGGACUGGGUGUCCAUCAAUAUGCAGAUGAUACCCAGCUCUACCUCUCUUUCAAAUCAUAACCAGUGAAGGCGGUGAAGGUCCUGUGUGAGUGCCUGGAGGCGGUUGGGGGAUGGAUGGCGGCUAAUGGAUUGAAGUUGAAUCCUGACAAGACAGAAGUACUGUUUUUGGGGGACAGGGGGCGGGCUGGUGUGGAGGACUCCCUGGUCCUGAAUAGGGUAACUGUGCCCCUGAAGGACCAGGUGCACAGCCUGGGAGUCAUUUUGGACUCACAGCUGUCCAUGGAGGCGCAGGUCGAUUCUGUAUCCAGGGCAGCUGUCUACCAACUCCACCUGGUACGCAGGCUGAGACUCUACCUGCCCACGGACUGUCUCACCAGAGUGGUGCAUGCUCUAGUUAUCUCCCGCUUGGACGACUGCAAUGCGCUCUACGUGGGGCUACCUUUGAAGGUGACUCGGAAACUACAACUAAUCUAGAAUGUGGCAGCUAGACUGGUGACUGGGGGCGGCCGCCGAGACCACAUAACACCGUUCUUGAAAGACCUACAUUGGCUCCCAGUACAUUUCCAAGUGCUGGUGUUGACCUUUAAAGCCCUAAACGGCCUCGACCCAGUAUACCUGAAGGAGCGUCUCCACCCCCAUCGUUCUGCCCGGACGCUGAGGUCCAGCGCCAAGGGCCUUCUGGCGGUUCCCUCAUUGCGAGAAGCAAAGCUACAGGGAACCAGGCAGAGGGCCUUCUCGGUAGUGGCGCCCGCCCUGUGGAACACCCUCCCAUCAGAUGUCCAAGCGAUAAAUAACUACCUGACAUUCAGAAGACAUCUUAAGGCAGCCCUGUUCAGGGAAGUUUUUAAUCUGUGAUAUUUUAGUGUAUUUUUGGUUUCUAUGGAAGCCGGCCAGAGUGGCUGGGGAAACCCAGCCAGAUGGGCAGGGUACAAAUAAUAAAUUAUUAUUAUUAUCAUUAUACACAAACGGAAGUUCCCAGCAAGCUGUGCUGGAGAGUAAACAGACAUGUGACAUACAACAGUCAUGUCUGUUCCUUUUAAGGUGGAAUGGAACAUCAAUAUCCUAACACAACGUACUUCAGCCUUGUGUCCUCAGAUGUUGAUGGAUUAGUAAAAACCCCCAUCAACCCUAGCCAGCUAGUUGAACCCCUAGACAUUACCACAGGAAGUGAAGGGUACAGAAAAACCAGAACUAUGACAAAAAUGGGGUUAUGACUGCAUGUUUGAACAUGCAGAACAUUAUUUCCUACACUCCACUGCCAAAUGAUAUUUAGGUUGGACAGGUUGAGAUGAAAACCUUUGUUUACAGAUGAAACCGAUUUUUGUCUGCACUGUCUAUUAAUAUAAUCAUUACUCUGACUGUGUGCUAUGCACUUAACUCAAUGUACCACUGCUUAACGUCAAUGUCAAAUUCAGCUAAAACAAAUGUAGCAAUCUUUCCCCCUCACAUUAGCCAUUUAAUCACACAGUCAAAUAGGCACCUCUAACACCAUGUUCCAAUUGCACUGUGCAUUGCAGCCACAUUUUGGAACCACCUUUGGGAGCAGCUGGCUGGCCAGUUAGGAAAUUAGGUGGGGGAAAUGUUUGUUUCUGGAGCAACAUCUUAACACAAAAACUUGUUGAAAGUUUAACUGAAUUUUUUUUAUAGCAAAAAUGGAACAAUCAUUUAAACAGCUUUGACAACAGCAACAUUUUGUUCCCCCAGAAGCCCUUUUCAGUUCAGCCAUUCAUCUUAGUAAAGUGGGAAAGCUUUCAGCAAUGUACCUGGUUUAAACGAAUUGCAUUGUGUUGAAAUGAAAAAAGAAUAAGCACCUCUGUUUCAGCAUCAUUCACAUUGACUUGUCCUAGUGCUGACCCUCUUCUGACAUCCCUCCUCUGGUGGUGCAUGUGGGGAGGGCAGAAGAAAGUACAACAUGGCUGCUGGCACUGAACAGUGUAAAGAGGAUAGUGAAGUUCCUGUGGAUGCUGCUGGCCACCAGUGGAGGAAGUAGAAGCAGAUUGGAGCUGCAUGCUGCAGAUGCAACAGAACCUGUAGAUCAAUGAUCUUACUGGUCUCCAGCCAUGUUGGGGACAGUAGUCACUCCCCUGCGUCAUAGUGUGGGAACUGCACUAUGAAGCCCUAACACAACCCUUCCUCCAUUCACUCUUAGCAAUACCAUCAACAUCUGCUAGUAAGCUAUAGGAAUAACUGGUAAGUGUUGGUACACAAGUGUUGCCAUUCAAAAUUUCAGUGCCACACGUAUAAGUACUCCAUGCUUUUUUUUCUAAAAAAAUGUCUACACGUAUUUUACUACACGUAUUGAAAUACUUCCCCUCAAUGAGGCCAGACUUAGAUUCACAAAAUGUUUAGGGGUAUGCGUACCUCUGUGUCCCCCCAGAAAAAAACCUGUACGUAUUUGUGCUGCAAAAUUCAUAAGACAAUAUGGUAAGUGCUGGAGAUUCUGUUUUUAAUUUGUGCUGCAGUUUCUUGCCAGUGGCCAGCCAGUUGUGAACCACCAUGUUAUCAUGUGCCACCAGUUUUUUUUGUUCUGGAACCAGGCAAGAUUUUGGAGAAGGAAGGGGAUUUCUUUGUUAGCCCAGCAUAAUUGAGGCUUAAGAGGGGGAAAAGCAGGGGCAGCCGACUUGCAGCUCUCCAGAUGCCACUGGACUCUAGCUUCUAUCAGCCCUACCUGAAGUCCAGCAACAUUAUGAAGGCACCCAGCUCCUUGUCCCCUUCUAUAAAGUGACCUUGCUUUGUUUUGCCAUUUCUUGAAGCAGGAAAAAAAUACAUAGCAACGUCAAUUUGUUUGUUUAUUCACUUAUUAAGAGUACACCUUUUUAAUCCAAAUGGGAAAAGUAUAUUAAGUAAAUUAACUAGAUGGCAUUGUGAGAUUUCAUAGAUAUUUAGGAUAAUGAUAAAAAGACAGCAACAAUGAAAUUAGAUGAGUGAUUCCUGUUAGCCACCCCCCCCCGAGACGUUGACACAUGAGAUUCAUGAUCCCAAUGUCUUCAUUUUGUAACAUAGACACACAAACUUAAAAGCACCUAUGAGAUUCUAAUUUUAGAGCAACAGUUAUGAGGAAGGUUGUGUGUUUAUGGGGGGGGGGUGAUUGCAACCAUUUAAGACAAGCUCCCUGCCCAGGAGGUGAACCUCAAAAGGAGCUAAAGAAAAAAUAUGUUAUUUGCAGAUGUAUUCCAGUUUAUUUGCUACCCAACCCUUCAGCUUCAUAACUUCCAGGGUAGCCUGCAAUCCAACAUUAAAAGUAGUCAAGGAUAAAGCAUAAUAGAACACAACUAAAAGCAGCAGAACAAAUAAGCAACAACAGCACAUAUAGUACAUUUAGCAGGCAUUAAAGGCUGGUAUUAAAAAGCCUGGGUGAAUAAAAAUGUCUUCAUCUAUUGCUGGAAUGAUUCAAAGUUUGGCCCCAGCCAAGUCUCCAGCCUUUCUCAAGUGGAGUGCUACAGCUGGGAAUGAUUCUUUCUCUGGUUGCCAUUUCCUAACCUCAUGGCCAUCAAAUAUGAUCAUUACUUUCCGGAAGGUUUGCAUGGGAAUCUGCUCUACAAGCCCACUCUUCAUCAAAGGUAGCAGCAGGGUUGGUGCUAUCAUUAGGCCAACUAGGCAGCUGCCAAGGGCUCAGAUCUCGGAGGAGCACAGUAUUGACAUUUGAGGUGCACAGUUUAUAGAGAUUAGUUUUUGCUAUAGCUUAUAAAUUUCAGAUUAUAUUUUAUUUUCAGUUUAUAUUUUAUCCUUUUUGAGAUAACUCAUAUAUUAUAUUUUUUAUGUAUAUAUGAAAUAGACUGUAGAGUUGUUUGGAGGUUAUGUAAUACAUACACAUAAAAGUAAAGGUAAAGGUACCCCUGCCCGUACGGGCCAGUCGUGACCGACUCUGGGGUUGCGCGCCCAUCUCGCUUAAGAGGCCGGGGGCCAGUGCUGUCCGGAGACACUUCCGGGUCUCGUGGCCAGCGUGACGAAGCUGCUCUGGCGAGCCUGCACCAGUACAGCACACGGAAACGCUGUUUACCAUCCCGCUAUAAAGCAGUACCUAUUUAUCUACUUGCACUUAAGAGUGCUUUCGAACUGCUAGGUGGGCAGGAGCUGGGACCGAACGACGGGAGCUCACCCCGCCGCGGGGAUUCGAACCGCCGACCAUACAAUCGGCAAGUCCAAGACGCUGAGGUUUUACCCACAGCGCCACCCGCGUCCCAAUACAUACACAUAGUAAGUGAAAAUGCACUUACAGCCACAUCUUAACCUUAUUUUGAAAAUACAUUCAUUUUUCUAGUAAGCUAUGGCAGAUAAAAAACAACAACCCGACCAUCUGGAGCUCAAACGAAAGAUAGAAAACAUUAAGGAUCAAGCAAAGCGAGAGGGGUUCCUCCUGAAAUAUCUUUGUACACAGAAAGCAAUGGAAGAAUAUGUAUACACUUGUUGAAACUAACACCAAGGCAGCUGAAUGUGGUGCUCUUACCGCAAAUGAUACAAACUAUAAGACAGAAGUUUCACAAAUUUGAAAUUUUUCUGGAAAACACACGUAGGAAAAAGAGGACGUCAAAAUAAGUAAGAGUCCUGCAAAUCUGCAAAAGAAGGUGGUAUUUUGCCUGACUUGAAUCACGGUGACAAUGCUAACUGGCCUAACUACCGCAAUGAUAAUUUGCAACAGCUUAUAAUAUGACAUGGACCACAGCUACAUAUCUAUUAUCAAACAUGCCUCAUACCUCAAAGUUGCUACUAGCUUUAGUGCAGGGGGGGAAAUGCAGGUGUGAUACAGGCAUUUGCUUUUCCCUGCCAGUGAGGUUAAUACCUUUGAAAGAAUUGAAGAAACUGUGAAUAGGGAAGUUACAUGCCACUUUCCCUCAGUGCUUGUGUUUUGAUCAAAAUGUGAGUCACUUACAUAAGCUUUUAGUUAAACCACACAGAAACAUGUACAUAGAUUUCGGGACCCAGUUAUGGAUCCUGCACCUCAUUGAUUUGGGUCCUUAGAAUGUGAGUUUAUUACUUCUCUUUACCUUUCCUUGAUAUGCAUAUAACUGCAAUACAGUAUAUCCUUUAAAAAUAAAAUUCUUACUAGAAGUUUCUGUUUUCAGGUGUGAAAUAGCAUGCUUGAAGCUUCUUAUUUAGAAAUGCUUUUCCCCCAGAAUGUCUAAUACUAUUUCAAAACAUCCACACUAACUGAUUCAGAAAGCCAUUUGAAACCCAGAGCCUUUAAGUACAGCAAACCCAUUUGCUGUGACUACUGAUGAAUUACAUCUAAUAGAUCUGAGGUUAAGUACAUGGAAAUUAUUGGUAAUGGUUCUAUACAUUUUUGGAACAGAAUAAAUUUCAAUUAUAUUAACUCUUGGCUAGACCAAAAUGAAAGAGAGCCUGGCUACUUACCUACCUACUUACCUAUUUAUCUUCAGGUAAUCCCAUGUGAUGCAAUCAAUCAACAUGGUGGAGGCACCACCACUCUUUUCAGUUCCAGACCUUCUGAUAAGAAAACGUAAUUAUUUUAGAGUGCUAAUAGUAAAAACUUUAUGACACUUUCUAACUUUUUAGCUGCCAUUUCCCAAUCCACGGUGAAUUGAUUUCACCCGGUGAUAUUAAUCUAGAUUUCAUGAAAAAUGAAGGUCUUUGGACUGGACAAUUUUAAAUUUGAUUUAUGUUCUUCCCAACUUUAUUUUUGAGCAUGUUUCUGGUGUUGCAGCAUGAACAUUAACUUUAAUCAGUAUGCCAGGUUUCCAUGUGAUUUAAUAGUUGGAGAUGCUGGAUCUACCCAUCACUUUUUUUAUUAAAAGAAAUCUUGUAAACUGGAUAUUAUAUGCCCUGCCUUUUGCUGACAAUGAAUUAUGUUUAGGAUUUGAAGGGAAGAAGGCUGUGGGUGGAUAGACUGCCAUAAUUUCUGGUAUCUUAUCAAAUCUUCUUCUUGCUUCAUAUUAGCUGAAACUGUUACUAGAGUCCUUCUGGAGUUGGAAUAUUGACUGCAAAAGCGUUGCUUUCAAACUAAACUUUAUUGCCCUUUCUGUGUGCUGUGGACUGUAGUUCAUAUAAUCAUAUAAUUGUAGAGGUGGAAGUGACCCUGAGUAUCAUCUAGUUGAAGGCAAGAAUCUCAGCUAAAGCAUCCAUGACAGAUGACCAUCCAACCUCUGCUUAAAAACCUGCAAGGAAUGUCCUCCACCUUUCAAGGAAGUCUCCUCCACUGUUAAACAGCUCUUACCAUCAGAAAAUUAUUCCUGAUGCCUAAUGGAAGUCUCCUUUCCUGCAAGUUGGAACCAUUGGAUGAAGCAGAAGAGGCGGAUUCGGGGGAGGAGGAGGAGGGGGAAGACGAGGAAACCAUUGGAAAUAGAAGUACUAGAAUUUAAAUCAGAAAUUAGGAUAAAGCGUACGCUAGUUAAAUAUUGAAAUGACCCUUAAGUUUCUGUCUUGGAAUGUGAACGGUCUUAACGAAAAGUCUAAGAGAAAUAAAUUUGGGGAAAUUGUAAAGAAAAAAAAUAUUGAUGUGAUUUGUUGCCAAGAAACACAUGUCGCCAAAAAACACAAACAUAUUUUAAUAAAUAAAAAGUUGG